AUGGCAUCAAAUAACUCAGAAAACCGGAAUCAGAUAGUUGGAGCGUUAACUUUUCCUGCCAGGGAUGAUAGUCAUUUGGAGUCGGUGCCGAUACAACCUAGACAGCCCCGAAAUUUACAGGGCCUUCUGAGAUUCGCCAUGGAAGCAACAAAAGCUGAGGAUGCACCAGGUGUCUCUGAAUUAGGUCCUAUGGAUGAAGAGAGAAGAAAAUUUUUAGAGGAAGCAUUGAAAAGCCUCACUGUUGAUGUAGCAGAGGUUCUCCAGAAAGCAAUCAAACUCCUUGUGGACACUGAAAAAAUGCAAAGCAUCCAACUUGGUCAAGACUUGCCUGAAGAUGUUGCAAUUGCGUUUAGUAACAUUCAUGAAUUUGUGGUUGAUAUUGAUGUGGCUAAUGAUUUCUACAAGUUGGGCGGCUUCGCAAUCUUCCCCGUGUGCUUCGGCAGCGAGAACGCCACCGUCCGCUCGGAGGCCAGUUCGAUCCUAGCCGAGGUGUGCCAAAACAACCCGUUCUGUCAGAACCGAGCUUUGGAGUCUGGUCUGCUUAAUGUGCUCCUGCACUUAGUACAGUCCGAGGAGGGUGUAGCCCUCGCUAAGUGCCUCUAUGCUAUUUCAUGCGUUACGCGUAACUUCGAGCCCGCUUGCCGCGAGCUCACCAGCCAGGGGGGCUGCGGCAGCCUGGCGCAGGUGCUGCGCUGCGGCGAGCCUCGCGCGCGCACCAAGGCGGCCUUCCUCGUCGCCUAUUUGGGCAGGCACCACGCACAGGCGAGAGCGCAAUUCAUUGAGAACAACACAAUCGGGAUCCUGGCCGGAGAGCUCGAGAGAGGUCUGGACGAGGGCACCUCGUGCGUCCUCAACGCGCUCUUAGCGUUAGUCGAGAGUUUGGACCCGGUCGCGCUGCAGCAGCUAAAAGACCCGAAGAUUGGAUUGAAGCAGGUACUGGAGAAACUCUCAAGCGCUCCGGAACUACAAGAGGCCGUGUAUGACGACGAGCGAGAGAGCUUGAAGACCUUGGUGGAGAUAUUCGAGAAGGUUCCAGACAUGGAGUUUGCGAAUGAAGAUGGAGCGGACAGG